AUGGCUCCGACGGCGUGUUUCGACUGCAAAGAGGCGCGAGCCGUCAUCAUCCGACCUAAGAACAGGCAUAAACUCUGCCGAGCCUGUUUCAUCAAGGUUUUCGAGACCGAAGUACACGAAACCAUCAUCGGCACCAACCUCUUUCACCCCGGCGAGCGAGUGGCAAUCGGAGCCAGCGGCGGCAAAGACAGCACAGUACUCGCGGCCGUACUUAAAACACUCAACGAGCGAUACAAUUACGGACUAAAGCUAUGUCUACUGUCGAUCGACGAGGGCAUCCGUGGCUAUCGCGAUGACAGUCUCGAGACCGUGAAGCGCAACGCCGUGCAAUACGACAUGCCACUUGAUAUCCUUGGAUACAGCGAGCUCUACGGUUGGACGAUGGAUCAGGUCGUGGAGCAAGUGGGCAAGAAGGGCAACUGCACGUACUGCGGGGUUUUCCGUCGACAGGCGCUCGAUCGAGGCGCUGCCCGCUUGGGCAUCAAGCACGUCGUCACGGGCCACAAUGCGGACGACGUUGCCGAGACUGUCAUGAUGAAUCUCCUGCGUGGUGAUCUGCCCCGUCUGUCGCGCGGUACUAGUAUCGUCACCAGCUCCGACGCUUCGGAUAUCAAGCGCAGCAAGCCUCUCAAAUACGCUUACGAAAAGGAGAUCGUACUCUACGCCCACCACCGUCAGCUCGACUACUUCACUACAGAAUGUAUCUACUCGCCUGAGGCGUUCCGUGGCAGUGCUCGUACUCUGAUCAAAGACCUGGAAAAGAUUCGUCCCAGUUCGAUCCUCGAUAUCGUCAAGAGUGGCGAGGACAUGGCCGCGCUUGUACCUGUUGAAGUCCGAGGUUCCGGCAAAUCUAAGCUGUCUGGUGCGGAGGAGGAAUCAACCGGUGGCUGUGGUAGUCAAAAUGGCCGAACCAGUGGAGGGGAGAUGGCUGCAAUGGAGAAGCAGCUCGCUGAAAACGACGCGGCUGAGUCGCUCGAGACCGAAAUCAAGCUUCCUAGUGGACGUGUGAAGCCGAAUCGCGGUCCGACGGGUAAGGCAGUCAAGGCGCAGACGAUCAAACAUUGCGAGCGUUGUAACUACAUUUCCAGUCAGCGGAUUUGCAAAGCGUGCACGCUGCUAGAUGGCCUCAACCGCAAUCGACCCAAGACCGCGAUCGAAGUUGGGGUUGACAUGGAAGAUGAAGAAAGCAGUUCGGUUCGACUUUGA